UUGUUCAGCUUUUCACCACCAAGAAGUGAUUCUACAACCCUCAAAAGUGAAAAGCUGAAUUUUCAAUGGUGUUUAGUUUAGCUUUUAAGAAUUGAUUAUAUCCUCCAAUGAAGCUACAAAUCCUAACUUUUGGCUUUUGUAGAAUCAAUUCUACAUUAAACUAUUAUCAAUUCCAUAACUACCUUCUUAAUUAUCAUCAAUUUUUAUCACCCUUUCUCCAACCAUAUUUGUUUUUUUCUGCCUGGAACCUUAAAUUCAUUCACUCCACUGUCCACUUUUCUCUAGCUAGAACUCAAUUACCCUUCACAAAUUUAAUCUAAAAAUUUAUUGCUAUUAGGUUAUAUAACAACACCACCUCCUCCUAGCAAAUAUUGUGCUCAAGAGAACAACAAAAAGGAAAAAUUCUGCUUAAAAGAUAACAACAACAACAAGCAUUAUGGCUAAACAAAAGAAAGUUUCCGCGGAUUGGUCGGAUCUUAAAGUGAAUGAAAUAUUCAUCCAAACAUGUUUGGAUCAAGUUGUCAAGAAUGAACGCGUUGGCACUAGCUUUACUAAGAAAGGGUGGAAAAACAUUGUUUGCCAAUUUCAUGAAUCAAAAUGUAAUGGCCGUAUGUGAUUGGAAUAUGUGUUUCACUUUUGUAUUGGCUGGUUGGGAAGGUACUGCUCAUGAUGCUCGUGUUUUUGACCAAGCUUUAACAAAUGCAAAUCUUAAUUUUCCACACCCUCCGCCAGGUAAGUAUUAUUUGGUAGAUUAUGGGUAUCCAACACCAAUAGGGUACAUUGGUCCAUACAAACAUGAACAGUAUCAUCUUCCUGAAUUUAGGCGUUCUAACGGGUUUGCAAAUCAUAAUGAAGUAUUUAAUUAUUAUCACUCAAGUUUAAGAUACACAAUAGAAAGAACUUUUGGGGUAUGGAAGAACAUAUUUGCAAUCCUACGUCGCAUGCCUAACUUUAAAUUUGAGACACAAGUUCAAAUAGUUGUCGCAACAAUGGCUAUACGCAACUUUAUCUGAAGGAAGGCAUAAAUUGAUAUUGAUUUUAAUGUUUAUGAAGAUGAAAGCACAAUCAUUCACCAUGAUGAUAGCUCAUCUAACUUGGAUCAAUCCCAUGUUUUAAAUAUAGUUUCGUCAUCAGAGAUGGAUCGCGUUCGAAACAUAAUCCGCAAUGAAAUUAUUGAGCACAGGCAAAAUAAUUAGUAUUGUUCUUUAAAUUAUUAUAUCAAUAUUUUAGUACUAUAAUACACUUUAAAUUAGUUUUGUAAUAAUAUUAGUACUUUGUUGCAAUUUAAAUUCUAUUAUCUAUUUGUAA